CCAUCUCCAUCUCCUCGGAAACAACCGAAGGGGGUUGCAGAGUCAUAAAAAUUUAUGUUUUCAUCAAACCGGGCCAAGGAGAAUGGGGGUCCCACACCCAAAAGAAUGAAGACGCGACAGAACAAGGACUCAAUGUCAAUGCGGAGUGGACGGAAGAAAGAGACUCCGGGGCCCCGAGAGGAGCUCAGGUCACGGGGUCGAGCUUCCCCUGGUGGCAUCAGCACAUCCAGCAGUGAUGGCAAGGCUGAGAAAUCCAGACAAGCAACAAAGAAAGGCCGGUUGGAGGAAUCCUGCACCCCCAAGAGCAGCAAGCAGGGCCGAACAGAAGAGAUCUCAGAGAGUGAAGGGGAGGACACCAAUGCUCCCAAAAAAACCAAAACUGAGGAGUUGCCCUGUCCUCCAUCCCCAUCUGAUGUUGACAGCCUUGAUGGCCACAGCUUCAACGAUGAGAUGAGCAGUGACCCAAGGGACAUUGACCAGGAUAACAGGAGCACCUCGCCAAGUGUCUACAGCCCUGGGAGUGUGGAGAACGACUCCGACUCCUCUUCUGUGCUGUCCCAGGGGCCGUCUCACUCCUACCACCACCCCCCACUCUUCCCCGAGAGCCCACCGGUAGCUCCCCCUCCCGACAGCCUGGCCCGUCCACCAGAGCCCAGCUUUGGGCUCCCAGGCGAGGUGCACCCCCAGGGGCCCCCCACAGGAAGUUACCAUUCCCAGCUGGAGGGCCAGGCCUCACGCAUUUUCCAGGCUCAAACCCCACAGACAUCUGCCUCCUCUUCCUCCUCCUCUUCCUCCUCCUCUUCCUCCUCCUCUGCUGUUGCUGCCCCUUCUGCUCCCCCUUCCUCCUCCUCGUCCUCUUCCUCCUCUUCCUCUUCCUCCCAUGCUCCCCUUUAUCCUACAGCCAAUGUGGUCCAGGUUGGGGCCAAAAUUGCCAGUGGAGUGGGGGGGCUCCCAGCACCAGGGGUUCGUGAGCAGACCCUCAGCGCCAAGCACAAUCCACCACCUACCACCCCAAUCUCACUGGCGUCGGCAGGAGGAGGGCUCCCUCCUCAGAAGACGCCCCCAGCCAACCCUCCAGCUGCCCCGCCGGCCUCGGCCCCUUCCUUCCCCCACGUCUCCUCCAACCUGCCUCCUCCGCCAGCCCUGCGCCCCCUCAACAACACAGUGGCUGCCUCCAGCUCCCCAGGGAUGGUGGGGCAGGCCCUGAGUGGCCACCUGCCCUCGCCCCACAGCAUGGGGCAGGACAAGGCAACGGCCCUGGCCCCCUCCCGCUACCCCUACGCCCCACCACCGCUGCCACCCUCCAGUUCCUCUGCCCAGUACCCCCAGCCCUCCCCAGGCCAGCCCCUGCCCAGCUACAGUGCUUCCUACGGACACUCCUUCCCCCCGCCCAGCGGCCUCUCUGUCUCCAGCCAGCCCCCCAAGUACACCCAGCCCUCCUUGCCCUCACAGCCCGUCUGGAGCCAGGGGCCACCCCCUUACAGCCGCCCCCUGGGCAAUGCUGGCUCCCACCCCGCUGCCCCUUUCCCUGGCCAGUCCCCCCAUCACCAGCAACCUCCCCAGCAGCACCACCACGGUCACGGGAGCAGCGGGGGCAUCUCUCCAGCGGCCACAGCACCUCCCCAGCCCCCCGGGGGCUACCCCCACGGCCUGGAGUCCAACAGCCAUCACCCUUCCCACCCCACCUACGGGCUACGCCUCUACGCUCCACACAGCCAGGCCGCCUACAGCCAGGCUCCCUCUGCCACUGCGGCCGCUGCCCCCUCUUCCUCCUCCUCCUCCUCCUCUUCCUCCUCCUCGUCCUCGUCCUCUUCCUCAUCCUCCUCUGCUGCCUCUUCCCAGGGAAGCUACCCCAGCAUGUGCACGCACCCACCAGGGCAGAGUCCUGCCACCUACACCUUCCCCCCGCCACCACCCCCCUCCCCUGCUCAUGGGGCUGGCCCUCCAGUCACCUCUGCUGCCACCACCCUCUCCACCGUCAUUGCCACCAUGGCCUCCCCCUCUGCAGCCCCCUACAAGACAGUCUCGCCCCCAGUACCCCCGUCAGCUGUGGCCCCAUACGGGAAGCGGGCAGCCUCCCCUGUCCCCACCUUCCAGCCCCCAGCCCCCUACAAGCCGGGCUCGCCCCCCACUUCCUCGGCUGCCCCUUUCCGUGCGGCCACCCCUCCUGGCUACCGGGUGGCCUCUUCCCCUGUGGCGGGGGGCUACAAAGCCCCCUCGCCCGCCCCCUCUGCACCACCAUCCUUGCCAGGGAGCAUGGCUGCCCCGGCCCCGCCGCCACCCCCACUCCCCCUCAGCGCUGCUCAGAUCAAGCAGGAGCCGUCAGAGGAGUACGAGCCCCCGGAGAGCCCCGUACCACCUGCUCGCAGCCCCUCGCCACCUCCCAAGGUGGUGGAUGUGCCAAGCCAUGCCAGUCAGUCCGCCAGAUUCAACAAACACCUGGACCGUGGCUUCAACUCCUGCUCCCGCACAGACCUGUACUUUGUGCCCCUUGAUGGCUCCAAGCUGGCCAAGAAAAGAGCAGACUUGGUGGAGAAAGUGCGUAGAGAGGCUGAGCAGAAGGCCCGUGAAGAGAAGGAGCGGGAACGGGAACGGGAGCGGGAGAAGGAGCGGGAGCGGGAGAAGGAACGGGAGCUGGAGAGGAGUGUGAAGAUGGCCCAGGAGGGCCGUCCGGUUGAGUGCUCGUCCCUCGGGCCGGUUCCCCACCGCCCCUCCUUCGAGCAGGGCAGUGCUGUAGCGACUGUUCCCCCAUACCUGGGCCCUGACACCCCGGCUCUGCGCACCCUUAGCGAGUACGCCCGGCCCCACGUCAUGUCCCCCAGCAACCGCAACCACCCUUUCUACGUGCCCCUGGGCGCCGUCGACCCCGGCCUGCUGGGCUACAAUGUGCCAGCCAUCUACAGCAGUGAUCCGGCCACACGGGAGCGGGAGCUGCGGGAGCGGGAGGCCCGCGAACGAGACCUGAGGGACCGGGACCUGCGUGAGCGUCUCAAGCCUGGCUUUGAAGUCAAACCAGCCGAGUUGGAGCAGCUCCAUGCCGUGCCAGCUGCUGCCAUGGAUCCGUUCCCACGCCACGGCGGGCUGAGUCUACAGACGGCCCCCGGCCUUCAUCCCGCUUUUCCCUUCCACCCAGGGCUGGGCCACUUGGAGCGGGAGAGGCUGGCGCUGGCAGCUGGCCCGACCCUUCGUCCCGACAUGUCCUACGCCGAGCGCUUGGCGGCCGAACGUCAGCACGCUGAGCGGGUGGCUGCUCUCAGCAAUGACCCUCUGGCCCGGCUGCAGAUGCUCAAUGUGACACCUCAUCAUCAUCAGCAUUCCCACAUCCACUCCCACCUUCACCUCCACCAGCAGGAUGCCAUACACGCAGCCUCAGCCUCCGUUCACCCUCUAAUCGACCCCCUUGCCUCGGGAUCACACCUCACCCGGAUACCAUACCCAGCUGGAACCAUCCCCAACCCUCUGCUGCCUCACCCUCUCCAUGAGAAUGAAGUGCUGCGCCACCAGCUCUUUGCCGCACCCUACAGGGACCUGCCGGGCUCCCUGUCGGCGCCCAUGUCGGCGGCACACCAGCUGCAGGCCAUGCACGCGCAGUCGGCUGAGCUGCAGCGCCUGGCUCUGGAGCAGCAGCAGUGGCUCCACGCCCACCACCCUCUGCACGGUGUGCCGCUCCCCACGCAGGAGGACUACUACAGCCACCUGAAGAAGGAAAGUGACAAACCCCUUUAA